CUCGUACUCGUAGUCCCAGAGCAGAAUCCUUUCGCUGCCGGUCAAGUUCCAAGUGUCGGCUCCAGCUUCAGUCGGUACAACAUCCCAUCAUGAGCCUCUCCAAGCUAGCAGAAUUCGGCACCCGCCAUGUCGCCAAAGGCAUCGGACGACUGGCCACUGAGGUCAUUGAAAGCGGCAGUGGGAGUUAUGUGACCAUGAUGAGCGGCAGGAAGAUGCUCGACUUCACCUGCGGCAUUGGUGUCGCUAAUCUGGGUCACUGCCAUCCGGCCGUCACCAAAGCCGCUCAAGCCCAAGUCGGCAAGAUGGUCCACGCGCAGGUAAACAUUGCAUUUCAGAAGCCAUAUCUCGAGCUGAUCCAAUCACUCUUACCGCUCAUGCCGCACAAAUCACUGGACACAUUCUUCUUCUGGAACUCUGGCUCCGAAGCCGUCGAAGCCGCCGUGAAACUCGCCCGACAUGCCACCAAGAAGCAGAACAUAAUUGUGAUGCAAGGCUCUUACCACGGGCGUACUGCUCAAACCAUGCAAAUGACGCGCUCAAAGACGAUAUACAGUGAGGGCUACGGACCGCUUCCGCCGGGCGUGUUUGCAGUCCCAUUCCCAUACUGUGCGCAAUGUUCGAUCGCAACCCGAAGCGACGGAAAGUACAACGCCGAAAACUGUUGCAUGGAUCCCGUAGACCAGCUGGAGCUUUUGCUUAAGCGCGAGAGCGCCCCGUCCGACACGGCAGCUAUCUUUAUUGAGCCUGUGCUGGGCGAAGGAGGCUAUGUCCCGGUAGUCCCAGCUUACCUGAAACGCCUGAGAGAAAUCUGCGACAAGAACAACAUCCUGCUGGUCGCGGACGAGGUACAGUCCGGAUUCGGUCGGACCGGUAAGAUGUUCGCCAUCGAGCACUACGGCGUCCGCCCGGAUAUCUUGGUCAUGGCCAAGGGCAUUGCAAACGGCUUUCCCCUGUCGGGCAUCGUCUCACGAAAGGAAUUGAUGGACCUGCAGAAGCCUGGCUCGAUGGGUGGCACGUACGCCGGCAAUGCAGUUUCGUGUGCGGCUGGAAUUGCCGUGGCGCAAGCAUUCAAGGACGAGAAGAUUCUGGACAACGUCAAUGCCCGAGGGAAGGAGAUGAUGGAUAUGCUGAAGAAAGCGAAAUCCGACUUCCCAAAUGUGGUCUACGACGUGAGAGGGCUGGGCCUGAUGCUGGCGUGCGAAUUUGUCGCUGGCAAGAGCUUUGCGUCAAAGGUGCAGGCCAAGUGCAUGGAGAACGACAUGCUGAUCCUGACUACUUCGAUCUACGAUACGCUGCGGUUUAUCCCACCAUUAAACAUCACCAAGGAGGAUAUGGCGAAGGGUUUGGGCAUCAUUCGACAAGCGAUUGGGGAGGUAGCGGCUGGUGAGGAUCCUCCCGAGACAAAGACUAAAGGUCAAGCGCCGGAGUAGCUGGAUUGGAACUUGUACAGAUGUCUGGAGAGCCAUGAUGAGUCGGAGAGAAUACGCAAAACUCGGGUCUGAAAAUCGCUAAUACCUGAAUAACAAGGCAUUAUAGGCGGUGCACCUGUGGUAGUAGUAUGUGACAGGCAUACGAGAGACGAUGAGACGGACGGCGUCUGAGCCUAACCCGAGAUUGGAGUGGAGAUGGCUGCAGGUCGACCGCCCUGGUCACUCGAGAAGUGCACCACCUGAUGCUGCGCUAUCUCGCGCCUGUGUAUAGUAGGCUUCCGUGA